AUGACAGUAUCAUCCACAAGAACCGUGUUUUUCGCCUUUCUCCUCGCGAUCUUGGCGGCGAAGGAAUCUCAAGCUUGGGUGCAGCAGAAUGUUCUGUCGAGGAAUUCGUUCAAGAUUGGCCCUACGAGAGUUUCCCCCGUUGUGCUUCGAAGUAGUGUUGAUUCAGUCUCAUUGACGGGCUUUGAAAAUCAUGAAGAAGAAGGAACCAAAAUGGCCAAGUCCAUCGCGGCAUGGCUAGAUUCUGAGUGGAUGCCCCAAGAAGUACACGUGAGAAUGGGUGAAUCAGCCAAGAAAUCCUACAUCAAAUGCAGAGAAGCUGGAGACGAUGACCUGAUGAACAUAAUGUCCACGGUAGCAGAUGAUUUGACCAGCAAGUGGUUUGAAGAAUAUGACGCUGAUGCAUUUGUCGGUGCUUGGGAUAUUGCAAACUACGUGUCGGAUUAUCUGGUUCAAGUUUCGGGACAAGAAGGUUGCGAAUGUUCCAACAAAGUGUACUGA